GAUGAUGGAGUCGGCGGAAACAGCAUCAUGCCUGUGGAUGAUCACAGACCAAAAAAUCUUUGGCAUACGCAUUGAAAAGUUAGAAAAAUUGGGGAAGAAUGAGGUUAGGGAUUGGAAAUCCCAUCUUGAGCCGGCUCCCUUUGAUUUCCAGUUGGAGCUUCCAGAGAACAGCUUGUUGUAUCCCUUUAUCUUCGACUCGAAACUUUUCUUACUCGGUGGUCCAAGCGAUUCUGGCACCAGGAUCUACCAAAUCUCCUAUGUCGGCGGCGACACGUUGGACAUAUCUGAGGCAGUAGCGACGGGCGCAAUCCCUCCGCUACCGACCGGCCACCACAAUUACAUUGCAAACAUUCAAGAUGACGUUUACUUGUUGGUGCAUGAUGCACCGGGAGAAAGUCGGACGGGGUUAUGGAUUUUACGUUCCCGUUCUGGGAAAUGGCAUUCCUUGUCCAUUCCUCCAACUGCACUCUCUGAUCUUCAUCCUUCUUGGCCUUGGCCUUUCGUGCUGAAAGAUAAGCUCUUCUUCCAUUCCUUGUCCGCACCACGCAUUGACUGUGCCUACGACCCCCGAACUGCCACGUGGCAUAAACCGGAGCGCGCAUUUUCUUUCUCUGAUCGUCAUUUUCACCCACCCCUUGUGCUGGUGUCGUCCCUUGAGGAUGUAGGCAAUUGCAGUGUGGUGCUGACAUGGAAGUUGGAGUGUAUUCCCAAAGGAUCUCGUGUGAAAUAUUCAAUACACGCUUUGCUGGUGGAUAAUCAAGAUUAUCGUGUUCGUCGCCAUCAAGUCCUUGAUGAGUUGUGUGAGGCGAUCCAACCAUCCUACUUUAAGGGUACGUGCACAGAAAUGAACUUGGUUGACCUUGGCAACAGCAAAGUAUGCGUUCUCAUCGGUGGUCUUGCAGAAAGCAUUCGAGAUCCAGCCCUUUGCAUUUUAAUAGUUGAAUUAGGGUUGGUACAAGAGGAGGAGCAAAGGUUCUUAUCUGUGCAUGUACUCGUGAAUCAAGUCUACGGGAUGUUGCCCUUGCCUUACUUAGAGGACCGCCGUCUUGACGUGCUCUGCACCUCCUUUCUUUUCUCGCUCAGCAAGGGAAUGUCGGACAUAGACAGGGAUGCCGUGGAGGAUCAUAUAGGUGAGAAAGCUCUCACCCUGACUUCGGCAUCUCUGGCGAACAGGGCAUCCGGGAAGGACGACCCUUCCACAGAAGGUGAUAAAGAUGAUGUGGUCGAGGUUGCUCAAUCUAAGGAGAUUAGUUUAAAGAGAAGAAAGCCAGAGUCAGCUGCUGUAGGUCUUGAGAAGUACGUGGAGGUUUCUCAAUUGAAGGAUAAGGGUAGAGAAUUGGGUAUGAAGGACAUGACCGAGGCUUUGAAGGCGAAGGAAAAAGAGUCAGAGGAAAUGGUAAAACAGAUAACUACUUUGCAGUCUCAAUUGAAGGGACGAGAUGAGAAGAUUGAGGCAUUAACUCUAAAGGUGGGUGAGAUGUUUCGGAAAGGGUUUGAUCGUGCUAUAAGUCAAAUUAAGGCUCUUGCGCCGGAGGUUAACGUGGUUGAUAUGGAUGUAUCCAAGAUUGUGGUAAAUGGAGUAUUAGUGGAUGCUAACAUCCCGGAGGAAGGUUGUGAUGUCAAAGAGAAUGAUAUCAAAGUGGGUGCCAAUUAAAGAAAAAAAGGAAGCUCUCCUAAAAGAACUUGCUGAGAUCGAACAGAAUGGAAAGUCCUUUUCAAAAACUUAAACACAGGAAACAACUGCUUGACAAAGAAGUUCUAUCUUUGUCAAAAGAAAAAAUUAAUCUUGAAGCUCGAACCAAACAACUUCAUGCUGUAGAGUUGAAACAAUUACAAAAUCUCCAAUCACUUGCGCAGGAGCGAUCACAGCUGAAGGAACAACUGGACCAACUUUUGCAGCCUUAUGAAAAUUGAAGGCUUGGUAUGCCAAGUGAUUAUAUAACUGAACAUCUCCUUUCUUGUUAUCACCCGUCUUUAUAUUUUCAGAACUGAGUAUUUUGCACUAUGAAAUGAUUCAAAUAUUUACCAUUAACAAGGGAGAGGAGUCCUUCAGAGAAUUCAAAGUGUGCCCAAGUUUCCCACAGUUCAUAGAUCAUAAGCUAAGUUCACAUUAGCUUUAAGGGCAGAUUAUAUAUCCUCCAAUUCCAAAGGAUACGUAGAAAUCAUGAUGCAUCAAGGCUUUAGGGGAGGGGUUCUAAAUUUAUUGUUUGGACUUUGGAUUGUUUACAAAACAAAUCUAGGACUAGUUAAAUUAGGGGGAUUCUACUAUCAUGAGUGGUUUGGAAGAUGCAAUGGAUUUUUGGGAAGUAGGAUUAAUCUACAUCAAACCCUCUUUUAGGUAUGCAUUGCAUUGUAUGAUAUCAUAUAUGGACAGAAUUUUCAGAU